GUUUAUUUGAAGUCUGUCUGUGUGUCCUACUUCCGGUUUUUUUGUUGCAUGAACGCGAAAAGCAUUCUGUAAUCCUAUAUCGUUUAUUUAGUUGUAAUUAUGCCGAAAUACUACUGUGACUACUGCGAUACAUACCUCACGCACGACUCCGUAAGUAUAUUGUUUUACGAUACAUACCUCACGCACGACUCCCCAUCAGUAAGGAAGACACAUUGCAAUGGCAGAAAACACAAAGAAAAUGUCAGGCUGUACUAUCAGAAGUGGUUAGAGGAGCAGGUUCAGAAACUGGUGGAUGACACAACUGCAGCCUUCAAAGCUGGCAAAAUUGCAUCCAAUCCGUUCCAGUCCAAUGCUCCUGGCGGUGCCAUGAUUCCCCCUCCAACAGGCGGUAAACCCGGAGGACCGCCCCAGGGCCCCAUGCCUAUGGGAGGUCCGAUGCCAGGUGGUCCUAUGCCACUGAUGGGACCGCCAGGGGGUCCCAUGGGAAUGAUGCCAGUUGGAAUGAGACCCCCUAUGGGUCCUAUGAUGGGACCCAUGGGUCCUGUGGGGCCCAUGAUGAGAGGACCGAUGAUGGGACAGCCAAGGAAACCAAUGAAGUGAUUGCAAGGUGCCCCCUGUGUGAGUGUGUAGAAGAUGGACUCGGUGUAUGAAUGAGGUAGCAGUGUUAGUGACUUGGUGUUUGUAAACGAUGACCCUGUGACGUGGUGUGUUGAAGUGAGAGAAGACUAUUGACUUUGAAUCUUGCAUUACAUGUGUGUAUCACAGGUUUAUACCAUAUUUUACAUCUUCUUUCAUUCAUUGUACUAUGUGAAAAAAAUCAUUUAAAUAAAAAUGUUGAAAUUUUG